AUGUGCGGAAUUUUUGGUAUCUACAACUUUUCGGGCCAGCCUAACGAGGUCCGAUACAAAGCAUUGUCUCUAUCCAAGAAGUUGAGACAUCGUGGUCCCGAUUGGUCGGGAUGCUUCAUGGAAGGGAACUCUAUCUUAGUCCACGAGAGGCUGGCAAUUGUUGGCCUGGAUACUGGUGAACAGCCUUUACUUACUGAGGACCGCAAGAUUGCCCUAUGCGUAAAUGGAGAAAUAUAUAACCACAAAGCAUUGGCCAAGAAGUUGAACAGUCCAUUGAAAACGAAGCCCAAAUCAGACUGUGAGAUCAUUCUCCAUUUGUACAGAGAGUAUGGGACCGACCUCUGUAACAUGUUGGACGGCAUGUUCUCAUUUAUUCUUCUCGACACUACUCAGACACCGCCCCGUCUGAUUGUUGCUCGGGAUCCAAUCGGAAUCACGACUCUAUACUAUGGCACAUCGAGCAGUCAUCCAGAGACCAUGUAUAUAGCCUCGGAACUGAAAUCAAUCCAUGAAGAUUGCGAUUCCGUCCACGCAUUCCCACCCGGACACUUCUACGACUCCAGCCUCCCCGCAGCCAGCCGUUUUACUCGCUAUUACAAUCCCGACUGGCUUCAUGCUGACGUCGACGCGGGUCUUCUCAGCCUAACCCAGCCCGUCGAUCUCACUCUCAUCCGAACCACUCUCGAAGGUGCAGUUCGCAAACGACUGAUGAGCGAGGUACCUUUCGGUGUCCUGCUGAGUGGAGGGCUGGACAGCAGUCUCAUCGCAGCGAUCGCAACGCGAGAGAUCCAACGGAUCAACGAUGCCUAUGCCGUCCAAAUUGGCAAGGGCUCUCAGCCUCUCGCACUCGACAACCAAGCGAUAUCUUAUGGGCUCAACUCGGACGGAUCACUCGCUAGUAGCUUGCCGGGUGUCGAGGACGAACUGACCGUCGAUUCUGAGUCUAGCCUUGCAUCCUGGCCCCGAUUGCACUCCUUCUCGAUCGGUUUGAAAGACGCACCCGAUCUGAUCGCCGCUCGCCAGGCCGCCGACUUCCUACACACCCUCCAUCACGAGUUCACUUUUACCGUCCAGGAGGGUCUAGAUGCUAUCCCCGAUGUCAUCUAUCACUUGGAAACGUACGACGUCACCACCGUCCGAGCAUCCACACCGAUGUAUCUCCUCUCCCGAAAGAUCAAGGCUACCGGUGUCAAGAUGGUCUUGUCCGGCGAAGGAUCCGACGAAAUCUUUGGCGGAUACCUGUAUUUCAGUCAAGCACCUGAUCAACUCAGCUUCUACCAAGAAACCAUCAAGCGGGUCAAAAACUUACACACUUCCGACUGUCUACGUGCCAAUAAGUCUACUAUGGCCUGGGGCUUGGAGGCUCGUGUCCCGUUCUUGGACAAGGAAUUCCUUUCUCUGUGUUUGAACAUCAGACCAGAAGAUAAAAUGUUCGGCAAAGGCGCUCAGCAAACUACAGAUAAAGAUGGCAAACCAAUCAUGGAAAAGUACAUUCUACGUAAGGCAUUUGACUGCUCACCCGACGGGAAACCGUACCUGCCAGACUCGAUUCUCUGGAGACAAAAGGAACAGUUUUCGGAUGGAGUAGGAUACUCUUGGAUCGAUGGACUCAAAGAACAUGCCGACCAAUUGAUUACCGAUGAGCAGCUGUCGUCGGCCCAUGAAAGGUGGUCCCUCGAUACCCCCACCACCAAAGAAGCUUACUUCAUCCGUCAAAUUUUCGAAAAACACUUCCCAUCUGAAUCCGCUGCCAAGACUUCGGUCCGCUGGAUCCCGAGGACCGAUUGGGGUUGUGACACCGAUCCCAGCGGGAGAAGCGUAAAGAUCCAUACCUCGGCUUAUUGA